CCUACUUCUAUUAAUAGAAGAAAAAAAAAUUAAAAAAUCCUAGAGUUCACAGGAAAAAAGGAAGGAGAAAGAAACUAAUAUUUUGAAUCUCUAUGAUGUGACAGUUUGUCACUGAAUCCUCACACUUAUCUGUGAGGCAGUCCACAUUUUACUAAAGACAAAACAGAGAUUUCAGGAGGUGGAGUAGCUUUCCCAACACCAAACACCACUAAAGUGAUGACGGGAGAUGACUCCAGGUCUGCCUGCCUUCGGAGUCUAAUCUUUCUUUCUCCUUAAACUGCUGCCUCUGCCCUACUGGAUUUGGACCCUAUAAUUCAAGGAAGAGAUUAAGUCUUCUUCCUUUGGGCAACAAAGCUUAAAAAGCAAAGGACAGAUGAAAAGCAGGCGAGUGAAAGGAGUUAGGGGCUGGGGUCCCUCUUUUCCCUGCACCCUGGUUCCUGUCAUCGGGUGGGGGGCAGUGCAGAUAAGCAUUCAAAACAUGCCAGGUUCAAGAUGCCAUGUCUGUAAACCAGUGUCCUCUCCACUGUACCUCCUAUGGGUCAUGUGUUUCCAAAAACAUACCGGGGAAAGGAUAAAUGUAAAGGACCUAGCCCUUCUCACCCAUAAUAGAAGGGAAGCCAGGAGUUGACAAGAACCACUGUUUCUCAGCAAGCUACCUUACCCAAAAAACAAACAUACAGUAGAUGCCUCCAGGUAAUCAUAAUCCUGGGAGGGAGUAAGGAGAAGCAGCCUUCUCUAUUUUGUCUCCCAAAGCAGUCAAAGGGCCAUUCGCAUGUCUUCCUAUAUUUUAAAUGAAUGCAAGUAUUUCUCCUGUUCCUGACAGAGCCUGCACAGGGGCCACAGGAAACAAACUCCUCAGUUUGGCAUGCAAAGCCGUUUCCAAUCUGCUCAGCGGUAUUUCCAGCUUCAUCUCUUUUCCCUUAAACACUGGCCAGGUGCUCUCCAGUUUCUGGGUCUUUGUUCAUGCUGUUUCUCUGUCUCCAGUCAUUGAAAUCCCAUCAUGUCUUUAGUUUUCAUCCAAAAUAUCAUUUCCUCCUCUUACAGAAAGUCGUUGGGGGAGGGGGCUUCCCUAGUGACCUAGUAGUUUGAAUUUUGGCUUUUACUGCGGGAGGCUGGUGUUCAAUUCCUGGCAGGGAACUGAGAUCCCUCAAGCUGCACACACACAAAAACAAGUCUCCCAUCCACCAUUAUCCUGAACAUUCUUGGGGAUGUUUUAACUCCCCUUUAAAACUUCCAGAGUCUAGAGUAACUAGACUGGUCUUAACUAUCUUUCUUUUUCCCCCAGCUCAUUGCCAUUGGCCUGCAUUUAAUGGGCCACCACAAUAGUCAAUAAAGUAUCUGCUGGACAGGGUCUGAGUGAGUGGCUUGUAUUCCAGCCCCAUCUGGCAACGAAGUGAGAGCGUUGAAGGCGGGAAUGGGGUCUGAGCUCCUUUUCCAUCCGACUUUAGAUAGACUCCCACAGGCGUCAAUCUCAGCUUUCCUGUCACCAUAGCGACGAGUGGGGCAAGAAAGCAAAGUUUCCCUUGAACUACACCUCCCAUCAUGCACCCGGGCUCCAGGGUGCCGGGCUCAGCCUGCGGCCUGAGACCCGGUCCGCCCCUCGGGAGCUGGGAGGGGUCUGAAAUGAGAAGCAGAGCCGAGGGGGCCACCCUCGCUUUUGGCCCACCGCGGAGGUUGCGGCCCCUCAUAACUUAGCAGGCUUAUCGGCCCAAGCCUGCCCUCGGCAUAGCUACAUCAGGCCUAAUAUGGCCGCUUGUGCCGGGACCUCCCCCGUGCGCAGAGAACCGGGCCGAGGUCCGGAGCCAGGGACUGCUUCCGGCAUUCCUCGCGGGCGUGGCGUAGGCUUCCUUCUCCUUACUCCAGGUCCCGCGAGAGGGAGACCCUAGGCCUUUCAGGUAGCAUGGCCCAGGGCCUGAUUGAAGUGGAGCGAAAGUUCGUUCCGGGGCCCGGCACAGAGGAGCGGCUGCAGGAGUUGGGGGGUACCCUGGAACAUCGAGUCACUUUCCGAGACAGCUACUAUGACACCCCUGAGCUGAGCCUCAUGCGAACUGAUUACUGGCUGCGACAGCGAGAAGGCAGUGGAUGGGAGCUCAAGUGUCCCGGAGCGGCAAGUGUCUCAGGACCCCACACUGAGUACACGGAACUCACAGCUGAGCCUUCAAUUGUGGUCCAGCUCUGUGAGGUGCUGGGGGCUGGGGCCCCGGGGGCUGGGGGCGUGGCUGCUGUGCUGGGCCCCCUGGGGCUGCAGUUGGUAGCUAGUUUUGUGACGAAGCGCAGUGCCUGGAAAGUGGUGCUGUCCGGAGCCGACGGAGAGGAGCGGCUGCUCAGGGUGGACCUGGAUACAGCUGACUUUGGCUACGCUGUGGGUGAGGUAGAGGCACUGGUGCACAAGGAGACUGAAGUCCCAGCUGCCCUGGAGAAGAUCCACCACCUCAGCAGCCUGCUUGGUGUGCUGGCCCAGGAGAGGGCACCUGCCAAGCUGAUUGUGUACCUGCAGCGCUUCCGGCCCCAGGACUAUCAGCGCCUGCUAGAAGUGUACGGGUCCAAAGUAAAGCCUUAGGGGACUGGAGAUCCGGACACGACACGGGGCUAGGGUGUCACUUCCCCGAUGCAAAGAGAGCUCUGGGGCUGAGGAGCGUCACUCCUGGGCUCACCGUGCCUCUUCCCUCUGGCUCCCCUUCCCACAGAGACUCCUCUCCCUCCAGCUCUGUCUGUUCCUUCACCCUACCCUCUGCUAUCCUUCCUGGAGCCUUCCCUGGCUGCCUCCUCUCCCUCAUCCGUCAGAUGCAAUCUGUGGGCCGCCCCUCUCCCCUGGCCGCUAAGCAGCCUCCAUUGAUUUCCGCUCGUGUUUAUAGGAUUUCCACUUAGCCGUGAUCAGUAGUUAAGCACAGGAAAAUCCCUUGCCACCCCCCUCCCUUGGUCGAUGCCAUUGAUUCUGCCAGCGGCUCCUAAACUGCCUUACAGCUGAGUUAGAGAGGAGGGGAGGCAGCAGGGAUUUCCCUGCCCCAGGCUACAGGGAACAGCAGCAGCUUGGGGAAGCCAGUGAGGAUUCCUGUGAGAGAUCUAGAACUUCUGAAGUUGCCCCUGUGCCCUGCUCUGGCCUAGAGGGUAGGGUGCCUCCUGUGGAGGUUCAGGGGCUCAUCUGCUCCCCAGCCAGAAAGGGGGUAGAAGGAAAACCUUCCUUUGUUGAAACCAGUUCCAAAGGCUUAGGGCAAGAUACCUACUUCCUGUGUAAGAAGGCUCUUCCCUGGCUGUUAUUCACAUACACGUUCCACCUCAGAUAUGGCUUUGCCCCCAUGGGCUUUAUUGGGCUUUCAUCAUUUGUGGGGUUCCCCCCCACCCCAGUUUCUGCAGCAGCAAGCACAGGACCAGAGUGCCACCUGCUGGUCACCCUCAGAUAUGGCUCCAAGUAGCUGGGGCUCCUGAUGUGGGGACACGGGAGGACUUCAGGUUUUGAGUGGAGGCUGAGUUAUUGCCAUGUCUCCACAGGCAAGUUGUUCACCUCAAAGAUUUCUUGUACCGACUGGCCAAAGUGGUCGUAGGUGAGGCGCAACUUCAGCCGCAAGGGGGCCUAGGAAUAGGAGAGCGAAGACCAGGGUAAGCACAGAUGACCCCUCCCUGCCUUAGGGCUUAGCCUCGAGGGGCUCCUGGAGCUCACCUUGUUAGGAUUGAGGAUUCUGAGCAGCUGGGUCAUCGGAAGGCCACCCUGGGCUGGAACGGUGUCUCCACUGGGGGCCUGUAGCUGCAGCUGGAAACUCUGAACAUAGGAGGUUGGACAGAGCACACAGUAAGGCAGCUGGCUGGCUCAGGCAACCACUCCACACCCAAUAGUUUUAAACCCUCUUCCCACAACUCCCCAAGUGCCUGUCUCUGCAGUCCCUCCCUUCUCAUCUCAUCCUCCCACCACCCCUACCACCUCCCCUACUUAGUGGCUUUUUCUCCUGGAGCAUCCGGCUACCUCUGAGUCCUGGUCUUCUACAAACCUUGGGCACAGCCACCUGGCAGAUGAAGUGGGUGACGUCACCCCCUGAGGUGUUGGUGGCAGUGACAGUGAUUAACAGCAAAGUAGGGGUUCCAGGGGGUCGAACAAAAGAAAGAGUCAGCUGAAGUCCUUCACGCUCAAAUACUUUGAGAUUUGGGAUGGGAGCUACAGUAGGGAGAGAAAAGGGACUCGGUAUAUGGGCUGAAGUUAACAGUUCAUUCAUUCAUGCAAGAACAAUUAAAUGAGCACCCACUGGGUGCAGGGAACUGCUCCAGAUGCUAAUGACCGAGUGGACAAGAAGAUGAGGUCCCCAGUGAAGCUCACAGCUUAGGGGAGAGAAACAAUAAACAAGAAAACAAUCACAGUCUGUA